AUGUCUAACACCGCUGGUGGAGGGGAUUCCAAGCUGUUCGCUCGGGGCAAAGUCGCGGAGCUGCGCCUCGAGCUGAACAGCGGCGGAAAGAAGGAUAAGAACUAUGCGACCAAGAAGAUUGCGCUCAAGCGGAUUGUAGCAAACAUGACGAUGAGCAACAACGACAUGGUUGCGCUGUUUCCCGACAUUAUCCAAUGUAUGCACAUCUCGAGCUUGGAGAUCAAGAAAAUGUGUUUUCUAUACUUGGUCAACUAUGCGCGAGUUCGACCAGAGAUUGCGGUCAAUGCGAUCCCGAUAUUGGAACAUGACAUGGAAGAUUCCAACCCCCUGGUGAGAGCGCUGGCUCUGCGGACCAUGUCGUAUAUCCAUGUGCGCGAGUUCGUCGCCGCCACGGUUCCUCUGGUGAAGCAUAUGUUGAGAGACUCGGAUCCAUACGUACGAAAGACGGCUGCAUUCUGCGUCGCAAAGCUCUACGACCACGACAGGCACAUGGUGGAGCAGUCAGACCUCAUCGAUCGACUGAACUCCCUGCUCAGGGACGACAACCCCACAGUUGUUGCCAGUGCGCUGGCUGGCUUGAUGGACAUAUGGGAGAGGAGCGAUGCCAUCAAGCUAACUAUUGACUACACCAACGCCUCCAAAAUGGUUGCUAUCCUGGCUGACUGUUCCGAAUGGGGUCAGACAUACAUCCUGGAGGCGCUCAUGUCAUAUGUCCCUCAAGAGUCAGGAGAAGCAUCGCUGCUGGCAGAGCGAAUAGCUCCUCGUCUCUCUCACUCCAACUCAUCAGUUGUCCUGACCUGCAUCCGAGUGAUCUUAUACCUGAUGAACUAUAUCGCGGACCAGAAGCAGAUUUCGGCACUCUGCAAGAAACUCUCUCCACCUCUGGUGACCCUGUUAGCCAAAGGUCCCGAAGUGCAGUAUCUCGCACUCAGAAACGCCCUCCUCAUUCUGCAAAGGCGGCCCGAGGUGCUGCGAAACGAUAUUCGCGUCUUCUUCUGCAAAUACAAUGAUCCAAUCUACGUCAAAGUUACCAAGCUGGAGCUCAUCUUCAUGCUGGCCAAUGAGAAGAACAUUGAUGAGGUCCUCACCGAGCUGAGAGAGUAUGCCACUGAAAUUGACGUCCAUUUCGUGCGAAAAGCCGUUCGCGCCAUCGGCAAGCUCGCCAUCAAGAUUGAGCCCGCGGCUCGACGAUGCAUCGACCUGCUCCUAGAGCUUGUUGCAACCAAGGUCACGUAUAUCGUCCAGGAAGCCACAGUGCACUUGGACUCACUUGAUGAGCCGGAAGCCAAGGCUGCCAUGGUUUGGGUCAUUGGCCAAUAUGCAGAUCGUAUAGAAAACAGCGACGCAUUGCUGGAGGACUUCCUGUACUCGUUCCAGGAAGAGCCUGUAGAGGUUCAGCUGGCGCUUCUCACCGCAACCGUCAAGCUUUUCAUCCAGAGGCCGACCAAGGGCCAAGAGCUGGUACCAAAAGUCCUCAAGUGGGCCACCGAAGAAACAGAUAACCCUGAUUUGCGUGAUCGGGCCUACAUGUAUUGGCGGCUGCUGUCGACCGACAUGAACUCAGCGAAGAGCAUUGUCAUGGGAGAGAAGCCCCCGAUCACAGCAGAGUCGGAGCGACUAGAGUCAUCAACUUUGGAGGAAAUGUGUCUCAACGUCGGCACCCUAGCAACCGUGUACCUCAAGCCUGUGCAGUCUGUUUUCCGCUCUGCUAGGCCACGAAAGCUGAUUGCUUCUCCGGCGCUGCAGAAGCAGUAUCUGGCCAACGAUAUUGAAACGCAGAAGAGCAUCAGCAUGUUUGGCAAUGGCAGUCAGCCCACCAAUAUCGAUCUAAGGACGCGCAACGCCGUCCCUUCGCCCGCUUCGCCCGCUGCCAAUGGAGGAGGCAACCUUGCGCAGGCGGUGAAUGACGCAGACGCCUACUUCUCCAGCAUUGGGACACAACAGAUGGCGGCAAUGAGAAUAGACGGCGGGGACGAUGGGUUCGGCGGAAGUGGCCUCAAUGGCACAGGCUAUGUCGUCAACGCUCUGGCACCGCAAGCCGUACUGCAGCCGGCGCAUGGCGAGGGAAGCAACGGCGACUUGUUGGUCUUGUAA